AUGCAAAGCAAUAUCAGCUGCAGCAACAACAACAACAACAACAUGAUGGUGAUGAAGUCAUCUAGCUCGUCAGCGUCCAAAGACAAGCAACUCUUUGACCUAUCGCUAAUGAAGGAGAAAUCGCUGCCUGUGAAAACGGCUCUGUUUUCAAAGCAAGCGAGUCCAUUUGCUGGCAACGCUUCCACCCCUGGCCUUGAUGACUCUUCUGUUUCCAGUCUCGGAAGCAGCACCUCUGGCCUUCAAUCCACGGGAUCCGUAAGGCGGUCGCUCUUUUCCAAGUAUUGGGUCAAGACUGGCGAAUCCCCUGAGAAUCUUCCGUCUGCUUCCGGACCUCCUACCGCUAUCAUUGAGAUUGCUGACGACCAGCUAUCUCAAGAGGAGUCACGCAAUGCGGAUCCCUUUCGAUCCACGGAUACGCAUACGCAUCACAACACUCGAGCUACAGCCACGGCUACAGCUACAGGAGCUUCUCCCGGCAUGCCCCGAAGGUCGCUCUUUUCGCAAGACACGAGGCGAUCUGUUUCGCUGAAUUCCUUGCACAUGGUGGGUGAGCAGAUCCCUGAGACUGUCUCUACUUCUUUUAACACUUCGCCAUUGAGACACAAGUCGGAAGGGGAACUCAAGAAGCGUCCUCCUACUUCCUGCCUUCGCGAAUCUCGAUUUUCCUUUACCAGCAAUGGCAAUGGAUCUUCAUCGGUGGCAAGUUGUGGUACUGCUGGCCAAGAAGGAAACAUGAAGCGAUCUUCCAGCAUUUGCAGUGAAUCCUCCUGUUCGGUGGUUCAAUUUGACAUGGAAUCCACCGAAGUCAGACACUUCCUCAAGCCUGCCGAAGUCCAUGCCGAAGAUGGUUGGACGAAUUACUUUUAUUGA